AUGAAAGAGCAGGUUAUCCUCAUCUACGGUGGACUCCGUGGAGCUGUGGCCUUCUCAUUGGCUAUUCUUAUUGACUACAAUCACCUCGGAAACGACGGAGAAAGCACGCGAAAAAUACUAAUCACGGCCACACUGUUUAUCAUUUUGGUAACAGUGGGCUUUAUGGGCCUGACCAUGAAACCCCUGGUCCGCCUUUUCAAAGUCAAGCUUGCCGGCGAAAAGAGCCUGAGCCUCUUUGGGGAUUUGAACAAUACCCUGCUGGAUCACACCCUCGCCGGUGUUGAGGCCAUUAUAGGUUCAAAUGGUCGUAAUCGAGCACGUGAAUUCUGCAGCCGUUUGGACGACAAGCAUUUCCGUCGAUGGUUGCAGCGAGACCCUGAGACGCACGACCAAAAGAUUAUCAAGACCUACGAAAAGAUUGCCUUGAAGUUGCACUAUGCAUCUAUUCACCCAGCAGAGUCCUCAAGUUACUUGCGUGAUCUUCCGGAAUCUCUGAGGCGCCAGCAUAUGACAGCGAGUGAAAGCAUGCUCACACUGCCGUCUAUUGUGACUGCAACCUCGGAUCUGAAUUUACAGGAGUUUUUCGUGAGGCACUCGGUCAGUGCUGCCUCGCUGCCAAGUAAAGACACAGAAGAUAACCACAAGCAUCGUCAUCACGGUGAUCGCAGAAGGGCUGUACACUUUGAUGCAGAUGCUGGUGAGGAGAAGGAGGGGGUCGAGGUGACAGGAUCCUUCAGUCCGAAUUGGCGUCGACGCACAAGUCUGUACAACGAGGGUAGAGACAUAGAGGACUUCCAGGACACCUUCCGCGACGUCAUGAAAGCCAAGACGCGAGUGCUGAAAGAGAGCCGCCAGCGACACAGCAAGACGCCUAUGGAUCUCGAAACUCGGCUCAACACUUUGGCCAAUCAGCGAAUUCCGACACGGGAGGAAUUGAGCAAGUCGAGGGAGACGGUGCUUAGUGAGGUUGCUAACGAGGAUGAACACAAUCGGGACACCGUGGAGUACGAGAAUGAUUCUGACGAUUCAGGCGAACCUAUUGUCAUCCCAAAGAAGGACUAUCCCCAAAAUAAUACACCUUCGGACAAAGUCAAUUUUGACCUCGGAGGUGAACAACUUUGA